AAGGUCAGGCUUAAUUCUGUACCGUAGGCUAAAAACAUUCCUACACCUACCCACCCACAUUUUGUAAAGAGGAAGGUGAGGUUAAAAACCUUUUAUUCCAUUUCUCAUGUAAGGAAGUAACUUGCGGGGUGACAUUUACAAAAAUAAGGGAGAACAGAUUCUGGAGCUCAUCAGAAGAAACAGUGGUGAGGGAAGUAAGUUAGCAGCACAUACAGCCUGAACGUAGACCCAAGACUUUGGACUUAAGUUUUGAAAAUCAGUACAGCAACUGGAGAGAAUUUAAGUAUCUAAAAAGAGAGGAUUUGAAAUGGUCAGUUUUCUCUCCCUUGCAGAAAACAGAAACACUUGUUAAUGGGAAUUAGUGUUGAAUUUGGUCCUCUUAAGAGAAUUCCUCUGAGGAAUUGGCUCACACUCUUGUUAGGAGGAUAUGCCCACUGUUUCUCCAGCCUGUUCUGAGGAAACCCUGUCACCACUAAGCUUUGUGGAGCCUCAAAAUUUCUAAAAUGCAGCCUGAAAUCAACCAGAACGCAAACGUAAUUCUUGAUGCAUUAAAGGUCCUACUCCUCCGCCAUAGCCUCUUUAUUUCAUUUGGAUCAUUUUGGAGAUAAAAAUAAGGGCUACAUUUUAAUUUGGAGUUGGGGGAAAUACAGUUAGAAAUCUUAUACUAGCUCUUCAUUAAUUUCACUGAUUAAAGCGUUACUCACAGCCUCGGACUGAGCCUCUGAAUUUGAGCUUCAAUGAAGAAUUUUCUCGAAGUGCCACAUUGUCUCAGGUGACUGGAGGCUCAGGAGGAAUUGUUUAUUCUUCUGUUUUCCUACUCAGGUAUUGGUGUUUCAGGCUGUCUCUCUGACCUGCUAAGCACUUAAGACCAAACUGCCUCUUAACCUGGGAAAAAGUGCUUUGUUGAGCUUCCAAGUUUUCUGUUUUCUUUUAGUUCAAAGAAAAACUAGUGUAGGUUACUCUGGGCAAAUGAAUCCUAAGCUGCUGAGGGAUGAGCAUGACUCACAUCCUCUUUGCGGAUGCCCACAGGCUUUCAGGGACAUGGUCCUGCAACUCAGUUUAUCUCCCCUUCCAGCCUUUAUGUGGACCGAGCCCCAUGCCACUUUACCAGUGCAGCAAGGAGCUAAGUGUGACUCAGUGACCAAAUGAAACCCUUUUUGUUAACACCUGGAGCCCACUGAAGGUGGUAUUUUGUGCACUGUUUGUAUGACAUUGCUUGCUGAGGGCAGAGCUAAGACAAUACUUCCGAUUCCUGUCCAGUUGUCCUGGAUACUUGCUGAUGCCAGUGUUCUUUUUUCCCAGGGCCCUUUUUAGAGUCAUUAUGUCCUCACGCUGAUUUUACACUGUAUAAAGCAUUUCCACAUGACCCCGUUUGAACCUAAUAGUAAAGCUGUGAAGUUGGCAGGGUGGUUUUUAUCACUAUUUUAUAGCUCAAGAAGCAGGUGCAGAGGCAGCAUUACAGUGUAAUCCUGAGACUGGUUUACUUUGCUUCCCUAAGCCUCAGUUUCCUCAUCUUUAAAUAAGCAGGAAGACUAGAUGGUCUCUAAGGAUCUUUUCAGCUGAGUGUAGGACUAUACUUGUGAUCCUGGAACAGGGCAUGAAAGCCAGCAGUGGAUACCCAAGACCAUGGGUGUUUACUAAUGAAGUGGGGUCUAUAGGUGGGAAACUAUGCUAGGGUGAGCCUUCAGGAUAGAAUUCCUCCAGGAGGCGCAUGGGUGGUGGCAGGAAGUGGGAGUCACGGAUGCACUGUCUAGAUUCUGCAGGUGACUCCGUGACUUAAUGACGGGGAGUGGCCCCACCGCAUCCAACAUGGCAGCUCUUAUUUGAAGAAACCCGGACGCCCACUUCCGGGUUCCGUACGGCUGGCCAGGCUACUUCCGGCAGCGCGAUGGCUGGUUUCCCGGGACUCGAACGGAAGUUCCGGCGGGGGCGGUCGAGGGGGAAGAGUGUGUGUCUGUGCGGGAGAAAGGAGAAUCGCCCGAGAGGUCUCGAAACCCCCAGGGAGUGGAGGUACCUUGGUCCGGGGCCAGCAGGCCGAGGGCCCCAGCCGUGGAGCCCUGCAGUGUAUGUGUGGUAACACCAUGUCUCUGCCCCUGCUCACCGAUGCUGCCACUGUGUCUGGAGCUGAGCGGGAAACGGCUGCGGUUAUUUUUUUACAUGGACUUGGAGACACAGGACACAGCUGGGCUGACGCCCUCUCCACCAUCCGGCUCCCUCACGUCAAAUACAUCUGUCCCCAUGCACCUCGGAUCCCUGUGACACUCAACAUGAAGAUGGUGAUGCCCUCCUGGUUUGACCUGAUGGGGCUGAGUCCAGAUGCCCCAGAGGACGAGGCUGGCAUCAAGAAGGCAGCAGAGAACAUCAAGGCCUUGAUUGAGCAUGAGAUGAAGAAUGGGAUCCCUGCCAAUCGGAUCGUCCUGGGAGGCUUUUCACAGGGUGGGGCCCUAUCCCUCUAUACAGCCCUCACCUGCCCCCACCCUCUGGCUGGCAUUGUGGCUUUGAGCUGUUGGCUGCCUCUGCACCGGGCCUUUCCCCAGGCAGCCAACGGCAGUGCCAAGGACCUGGCCAUCCUUCAGUGCCAUGGGGAGCUGGACCCCAUGGUUCCUGUACGGUUUGGGGCCCUGACAGCUGAGAAGCUCCGGUCUGUUGUCACACCUGCCAGGGUCCAGUUCAAGACCUACCCGGGGGUCAUGCACAGCUCCUGUCCUCAGGAGAUGGCAGCUGUGAAGGAGUUUCUUGAGAAGUUGCUGCCUCCUGUCUAACCAGAGUUGCUGGUCUCCAGCGCAGUCCCCGAGCUCACGGGGGACCCAGCACUCACGGCACCAUCUUGGAUCUGAGCCGGUCGAGCCCCUUUCUCCCCCUCCUGCACCCAUCCUUUUCCCACAGGCCUCUGGGGCAGGCAAGCUAGGGCCUGGCUAGGCCUUCCUUCCUGGCUUCAGCCACCUGGCUGUCUGCAGCAGGGGGUGGGCUGCUUUCUUCUCCCAUUUCCCUGGAGGUGGGGCCCCCCCAGCAGCAGUAUUGGAGGGGCUGUAGGCAGCGGGAGAAAGGGGCCCAGCCGCUGACCCACUCACUCAGGACCUCACUCACUAGCCCCGCUUUGGGCCCCCUCCUGUGACCUCAGGGUUUGGCCCGUGGGGCCCUCACAGGCCCCACUUAUUACCCCCUCCCCUCAAUUGAUUCUGCCCAGAUAAUCGUGUCUCUCCUGCCUCCACUCCAGCUGCUUCUCAAUCAUGAAUGUGGCCAUGGCCCGGGCCCCCCUGCUGCUGUGGGCUACCUGCCCCCCGGGCAGGAGUGCUGGUGAGCGGGCAGAGUCCUUGGAGGGGGCCUUCCCUCAGCUGUUCUGACUUGGGGGCUGGGCCCUGCCUCCCCGUUACCCUCCUCCCUGCAGGCCUGGAGCCUGCAGGGCUGGACUGAGGCUCAAGGCCUCCCCCAGCUGUCUCACCCACGUUGUCCCCACUCUAGGGCCGGGGGAAGGUGGGGAGGACUUGUGUCUGGUCUUCUGUCUCCAUGUAGUUUUGGGUGUUUUUCUUGUUGUGUCCUGGAUUCCGAUAAAAUUAAAGAAAUUGUGUCAACUCUCA